UCUGUCUCUCGCAUUAUCCCAGAAAUGUUGGUCUGACACAUUGUCAAAAUCCCACUACUCAAACUAGCAACUUAUUUUGAAAUCAACGGCACGAUGAUCAGCAACUCUGUAUAAUCUAUCGAUUUUUCAAAACACAAAAAGAAGCAAAAGCAACUAUGGCCGUCUCUCCCGUCCAUGAUUCUACUGGAACUAUUAUUUGCAAGAAGCUUAAGCGGAAAAUUGCUACACCGGAGGAGUCCAAGGCUAAGCACAGGAAUGCUAUAUGGGAGACCAAGAGAAGGCUGGUGGAGCAGAGGCUUAUGAACCUUGACCAUGCACACCAAACUCAGGAAGAGUCCAUUCCUGUGGAAACGGCUAUUAUAGUUCAUAGACCCAAAGAGAGUCCUACUGAUGUUAACACAAAUGUUGGUGUCUCGAGCUCCCCAAUGGAACGAGCUCAAGAGGUUCAAGCGAAUCUGUCACCGAAAUUCCCUAGUUUUAUAAAGCUAAUGCUCAAAUCUCAUGUAUCUGGUGGAUUCUGGUUGGGCCUACCAAAGAACUUUUGUGUUGCACAUCUACCGAAACAUGAUGAGAUAGUAGUUUUGGUAGGUGAAAACGAAUAUGAAUACACUACAAGGUACUUGGUGGAGAAAACUGGUCUAAGCGGUGGAUGGAGAACCUUCUCGAUUGCACAUAAGUUGCUUGCAGGAGAUGUUUUAGUUUAUCAACUGAUUGAGCCGCGCAAGUUAAAGGUACAUAUAUUGAGAGAAAGAAGCUUUACAGAAAAUGUUGAAGUAGGAAGCCUUCCAAAUCUAAGUUUGAAUACAGAGCCAAUCAAAAAAGUGAAACUGGAAGAAGAAGUGUUGAUUACCAAAACAGCAAGAAAAUGUCUGAAGCUCAUUUCUGCUGAAAAUGGUAAUAAAAUCAAUGAUAUUAAUCCUAAUGAGGCUGCAUCCGUAGACGGCAAUGAUUAUUCUAGUACAGAAAGCAUGAAUGCAAUCAGAUUCUCAGAAUCUGUUGUUAGUUUCAAAGACGUGAAGUGCUUCAAAGAUUUCAGCAUCCACGUUGAUGGCCUCAUGAUUGACGCGGAGAUACCUUUACAUCUCAGAACUAAGUAUUAUGAGAUCUGUCGCAGCCAAAACAAUUUUCUUCAUGAGAAUCUUAUGAAGGGGUUCAACACGAAACUAGCUGCUGGUAUGAUAUCCGAGACAAUCAACAUAGCCGGUGCCAUCAGAGCAGCCACAGAUGCUGCCACUGACCACUUACAUAACUGGGAUACGACUCUGAAAGCUUUUGAGGAUUUAGGCAUGGAGGUGGGAUUCCUUCGUGCCCGUAUAGGCAAUUUGCUUUCUAUUUAUCGCGAAGCCCAAGCUACGAUUAAGCUGAAGAGGCAGGAAAGAGCUGAAGCCAAGGAAGAAACUCGGCGCCUCAACAUAAAGCUCUUGGAUGUCAAGGUGCGGAUACAGAAUCUUGAUGCUGAGAUCGAUGGUCUUGUAAAGAAAAACGAAGAGCAGAGCUAUAUUUUUAGAGAGGUUGCUGCUGCUCCAUGGUGAAAAAGGCCCUCUUCUCUUAUCCCGUAGUGUUCAUGUUUUGCUAAUCUCGUUAUGAGAAUCUUUAGUCCCGUUUUGUGUUUCAGUCUCGCGUUUUAGUUUUAGUGACUGUUGAACAAUUCUACAUGGUGAUGUUGAAAUAUGAAAUAUAUAAAUAUUGGAAUAGUAA